UGAUUUGGGACACGGCCCACGUUCAGACUCGCCCUGCCUCCCUGAGCUCUCAAAGAAACCCGGAGAAAUCCUCAGCCUGGACCUCCUACACCACACACCGAGCUCACUGAGCCCUGAGCUUGUCCCGCACACACGCCUAGUUUCGCCCGGUCGCCAUACGAGCCCAGGAAUGCCAUGGCCACUCAGCCCAACCAGGACUACUUCCGCUCGGUCAGCAGCGAGUCCACUACCUACAUGAUGGUGCCGGCGAGCGGCCGCAAAGAGUCUCCGUCCAAGCUGUGGCUCGCCAUGGUGGUGAUUGUGGUGGUGGUGCUGCAGAUCGCCUCCACCACCGGACUCUUCCUCUACUUAAACAUGUCCCUGUCCCAGGUGAAGAACCAAGGAGUAACAGAAGAGCUGCGAUGUCUGGGAUUGCUAAACGCCCUGGAUAAAAACCGGGAUAUUCCCGAGGACCUGGCCCAGCUCUUAGGAGAAUCCUGCAUCAAGCUGGCUGAAGGCAUCAAAGCUUACAUCUCUAAGGUAACAGAGAACAUCAUCUCCAGACAGACAUUCCAAGAAGCCAGAACCCUACCACAUAGUUACAACACUACAGGGGCGAAGUUUGUGACGCAGAGACCUUCAGCCCACCUUACACUCAGCAGCCUACAAGGUGCCACCCCUCAGUAUCCGAGUCCGCAGGCGGACCUGCACCAGUCGUGUCGCCACCCUGUGCGCUCCUGGGCCAACCAGAGCUUUGGUGCCCACCUGCACAACAUGACACUGGCCAACGGGCGUCUCCGUGUGCCUCAGGACGGCCGCUACUACCUGUACGCGCAGGUCUACUUCCGCUACCCGUCUCCCAGCGAGGGCGAGCAGAAGGGCACCAGCCAUCAGCUGGUUCAGUGCAUUUACAAGAAAACAUCAUACCUGAGGCCCAUCCAGCUGUUGAAGGGUGUAGGCACCAAGUGCUGGGCUCCUGACGCCGAAUACGCCCUGCACUCAGUCUACCAGGGAGGUCUGUUCGAGCUGCGUGCCGGCGACGAGGUCUUCGUGUCCGUCUCCUCCCCCUCGAUGGUGCACGCCGAGGACUCCUCCAGCUACUUCGGAGCUUUCCGGCUGGACCUGUGAGGACACAUCAGAGACACUGCACCAAGGUUGCAUUACCCAAGAGGCACUGGGAGGAUUUGGUUGUCUCUCAUGUGGUCCCAGGAGACAGCAUAGACAUUGCAUUGUUUUCAUUUUCUUUUAAUAGAUUGACAUUUUUUUUUUUAUAUAUAUAUGUGAAGGAAGAGGUUCAGACGAUUGGACCCCCUUUUAUAAGGCGGAAGAAUGUAUGUAUAUUUUUAAAAGCACAUCUAAGAUGUGGAUCUUGGAAACAGUAGCAAAAAAAAAGAUAGGAUUGCCAGAACUUUGGGAGGCUUCAUCUGUGCCAAUCGUGCGGAUGUCUGAUGUACGAGGAGAAAACCUGCUUUCGCCUCAGGCCACCGGGCAUCGGAAUUUAAUGCAUUUUUCAAAUCUAUUGAGAUGCAAAAAGAGGAGAGCGUGCCAGGUGAAAGAGGAGAGGCUUAUGCUGUGCAGAUGCAGGAAUACUCUGUGGACAGUCAAACCAGUGGAGCAGCAUUCAGUCACAGAUAGAGACUUAAAAACAGACUUCUCUACCUGGACGCUCUCUCCCUCUCUCUCUCUCUCUCAUUCUCUGUCUCUCUGUCUCUCAUUCUCUUUCUCUCUCUCUCUCUCUCUCUCUCACUCACACACACACACACACACACACACAAUGCAGAAUGCACUUAUUUAACGCCAGAGAUGUGGGCACAUGAGAUGAGAUGAGAUUUGUUGAUCUUUCAUUUAGUAUUCAGACUCAAUAAAUCAAAGGCACUGACUUGUUUACUUUCGAAUACACAUAAAUCAUACACUCCCACUUAAGUCACGCUUUCUAAAAGCAGACCCGCCUCACUCACCCAAACACAAACACACCCUCAUUCAACAUGAACGCAGCCCACUCAGCCUGGACAUCUGCAAUUUAAAAAACAUUUUUAAAAAGUGUAUGAAAGUUAAACAAACAGUGUUCUGUACAGGUUAAAUGUCACACCCGUGGCCUUUUAAUGCUUUGUUUUCUUCAAAGCAGCAUUCACAGGAUCACAAACAUUUUCAGUGGAAUGACAUGUAUGUAACCUUUCCUUCUUUCUUUCUUUCUUUCUUUCUUUCUCUUUCUUUCUCUUCUCAGUUGUGUGUUUGUGUGUAAAUACAAAUAUACCUUACAUGGUGGCUAUUUAAAUUUUCAGCACACCUCAUACAGUGUAUUGGGAGUAAAUAAUGCAGGAGAUGUGAUCUCACCUCCGACCUACUGAGGUUCUGAACAGGCAGAAGACUGAGAAAUCCACAGGCCAACGUCUCUGCCAAUACACAUUGUUUGAUGGACAACAGAGUACGCGUGAGGCAAUGAUGUGUAAUUUAAAUGGCUGAAUUCUUGAUAAAGGGCCAAGUUGGACUUCAAUGUAAUUCUUUUUCUUCCUGACUGGACUCCAGCCUGACGUUUCCCUGAUAAUGCCACUAUUCUCAAGGCUUUAAAACCAACUGCUGCCAACACACAAUACACACAGGAGUGAAAUGCACAGCCCAAGCACUUUCUGUUUUCUUUCCCAAGGACUGUUCUGUGAGCCACAAUAGACGUUAUAAAUCAUCAUCUCCAUCUGGGACGACAUUUUGGAAGGAGUAAAUGCAUCAAGGAGAUGUAUUGUGCAACAGGAAUAAUCAAUUGGAGCGAGCACGAAUGCGCAGUAUCAGUCAUCGUAGAAGCAAAUGCCGAAGUGCCUUUCAGUGCUGCAUUGAUUUGAAUGUGUUAGCGUGCAAGUCUGUUUGACUUGGUCUGCACAAGCAGUAUAACAGAGGUUAUGGCAGGGUCCUACAAGCAGUUUGGCAGCAUGUUACUAGCUUGAGCCUCAAACAUUUAGCCUAGGAUUUACAACCAGCUUCCAAAAUCUCAGUUAUCUUCAGCACGGCACACUCGGGUCCAUGGCUCAUCAAGUCAGAAUCGAGGAACUAGCACUGGCAAGGCUAAUUGGUGAGCACAUAAAAACACAACACAAAAGUACAGCUGAAAACUGGCAUGCAUGUCUUUUCCACGCUUGGGGGAAAAUAAAAUAAAUAGUUCUCCAUACCAGCAGAUGGCAAUAGUCUGUCUUCAUGAUUACACUGUUCAGUUAGUUUCCCCAUCUCAUACUACUGCAGUCAAUACUUUGUCAUGAUCAUACUCUGUCUACUGAGUAGGUAUCCUGACUUCCUACAUUAGCAUAUGAUUUAUAGUUGUGCUUUAAUAUUUGUGACUCUUUGCUACAACAACAGGAGAUACAUCAAAUCCUAGUAGUAGUCAGCACAAACACACAUGGAAUAUGUAGAGCAGAAAAAUCCAAAGAAUGAGAAAGGACGCCAAGUAAGAUACCAGCAUUUCCUCCAGGCAGCAGAUACUUUUCCUGUGAAUUUGUUUGGUGUUGUGGCCAAUAAAAAAAAGUGCAGGGUGUUGUUUAUUAUUUAUGCUUUCACGUGGAGACGUUUCUUCAAUCGAUAUAUGCCAAAAGUUUGUGGACACCCGACCAUCACAUUCAUGCGUGUUUCAUCGUAAAAACUUGUCACAAAGUUAGAAGUGUAGAAUUGUACAAAAUGCCGUACGUUGUAGCUGUAUGCUUUCCCUUCACUGGAACUGGGAGUCUCAAACCUGUUCCAACAUGACCGUGUCCCUGUUCAGAAUGUGAGCUUCUAACCUUAACCCUGGGAUGAACUGUAACACUGACUGAGCCCCAGGCCUCCUCACCUGACAUCAGUGCCAGUGGCUGAAUAAUCACAAAUCUCCACAGCCAUGUCCCAAGGUCUAGUGGAAAGCCUUCCCAAAAGCGUAGAGGUUAUUAUAGGAGUAAUGAGGGAUCAACUUCAUAUUAAUGCCCCUCAUUUUGGACAUAUGUUCAUUUGUUUGUGGUGGUCGGGUGUCCACAUCCUUUUAGCCAUGAAGUGUAUAGGAUAAUGUUUGUUUGUUUUUUAUUCUCUUAUCAUGCUAGGACUUUCCUGCUUGGUCUAUACCUGAACACACUAGCCCAGCUAGACACUUUUUGUUGUGUAUAGUUUGCUUGUCACUUCACUUCCCUGGACAUUCAACUGGUGUUGAUGGGAACCAACCUUACAGACAAAACUAGGAUAGUUAUCCACUCAUACAUAAUGCCCUCAAACGGCCGACAGUCAGCUCGGUGUAUCAGGGUCCUUAAUAGAAACAGUCACAUCUGGUUGCACAGAAGCCCGAGAAGGCCACAUGUUUGCCCAAGACUAACCCCACAACCAAUCUAAAGCACAUGUAGCUGUCUGAGGUUGAGCUUUUUAGAAUUUUGCUGUGGAAUACUGGCUAAACACACAAACUCCACUACAAACAAGCAAACACUACACUUUAACCCUUAUAUUGAGUGUUAGUGUGUGGCAGGUAAAAGGUCACCAUGGACAGGCUUAAGCAGUUACACGCUGCAGAAUCCCCAUGGCUUUAAACAGAUUCCAGACGGGAUCGCCUUCUCAACAGACAGCGAGGAACCAAAUGUGAAAACGGUGUAAGAAAAGUGUCUCAAAAGUGAAUGUGUGUGUGUGUGUGUGUAUGUGUCUUGGAGAUGAUUGUACAAAAUAGUAAAUGCAAUUCACAAAAUGCCCCAAUCUGAAAUGUUAAUGAACUGUUUGUGUUUUAUUUGAGACCGGACUGCGUUGCGGUGAAGUUUUGGGUUUUUUUUUUUUAGAAAAAGAAAAAAUGAAUGUAGUCCGAACCCCGUGAGCAAUACAGAACAAAGGGGCUUUUGUUUUGCUUCUUCUGCCCAGGGCUAUGUGUGGUGGUGUUUUUUUUUUUUUCUUUUCAAAUUGUUCAUAACCUUUAAAUCACCAAUAUGUAGGUCUCAUUUUUCCUUUGAUGAAAGAUAACAUGCACUGUUUACCACUGUUGUUUUCUCUCUAUAAGAAUGUAUAAAUGUCUGAUGGUGGACUUUUUUCUGUAAAAAAAAAAAAAAAAAGAAAUCCUUUGAUCUUAUGUGAUCUGUGAUUUUGAGGGAUUUGUGUCAUUUCUAACAAUUAAAGUGCUUGUUUUCCAGCA